GUGGAGCCGAAUUCUCCAGACGCGAUCUUCUGAAACGUCAUGAACGUAUUAUACAUGGAGAGUUCAAGGGGAAUACCCUUGCAAGCUCCCUUCCAGGAGAAAGAGCUACAGCAUGCAGCUCCCAUUCUGAGUCUCAGGGUCCUCGUGUUGUCCGGCGCAAUGCCGACCAGUUGACUCCCGAGUCGUUGCAGCGCUCUAGUUCCCAGGCAUUGACCGGACGGCCUGUUAUCAACUCUUCGAUUCUCACCAAUCAAUUCAUGGAAUUAGAGCAAUUACUUCGAGCAGAUGAUCCUCUGAUCGAACAAAACAUUGUGGAUAAUGCAGUAUUUCUCAACAGCACUGGUCAGCCUUUCAAUACUGCUACCACGCAACCGGCUUCAAAGACUAUCCCAGUCACUCCGAUAACUAGUCAGGGAUCACCAGCUCCUGCCACUCUCCCAACACCGCGGCACAAUUUAGGAACGCAGAUCGUCCCCCACUUUGCCCAUCCAUUUAUCACCGAAUUUCAACGAGACAAGCUAAUACAGGCUCUGGGAAGUUGCUAUAUACCGGAUGUGUCUCUACCAUCCAGGGAUUCGCUCAACCGUUUCCUUGAGGGGUAUGUCACAGGGUUCUACCUCAACGUGCCUUUCACCCAUAUCCCCACCUUCAAGCUUGAGACAUGCUCAACCGAACUAUGUCUGUCUAUGCUGGCAAUUGGCGCGGCUUGUCGGUAUGAAAUUCACUCAGCCACCAAGCUCUUUUUCCUUGCAAAGCUGCUACUUCUGGAACGCCAGCGUCAGAGGGAACAUGAAGCUUUGGCACGGCUGACAGGCUCGAAUCGGCAAAUUAGCAGCGGCGAUAACCACAUAGAUGAAGUUCGAUGCUUGCUAUGUCUCUGUACACUUGCAACUUGGAGCGAAGACGCCGAGCUCAGGAACGAGUCUCUCAGGUUGCGCGGCAUGCUUGCUCACUCCCUGCGCUUGAGUGGCUUAGAAGAAGUUGGGUUGCAGUCGACCAACAAUUGGGAGACCUGGGCAGAGCAGGAGUCCGAAAGACGGACCAAGCUACUCGCAUUCUGCUUCCUCAACAUCCAAGGCAUCGCGUACGGGCUCCCGCCCAUCAUCUGGGGCCACGAGUUCGGGCUACAGCUGCCGUGCUCUUGUCCUGAAUGGACGGCGCCAGAUUCAACCACAUGGCUCUUCCUGCGGCAAGGCAGUCAAAACGACCGUAGUACUUUCUGUGACGCCCUGAGAGGUCUACUGUCAGCAUCUCAAGAUAAUUACCUUGACAGAUGCCUUCCCAGCCCCGUUUCCAACUACGUCCUACUCCAUGGGCUAGUUCAGAUGGUGAUGUGGGUACGAAUGCUGCCCGCGAGCUUGGGCAUGGCGCCCUCGCUAGACUACCAGGUCCUUUUCCGAACGGCACUACGUAGAUGGACCACCUUCUGGCAACGAACCCCGGAGUCGAAUCUUCAGCCACUCGACCCCAACGGGCCUCUACCUUUCACGUCCAGCGCCUUGCUUAGCCUAGCGUAUAUUCGCAACUGCCUGCAACAUGACAGCUACCAUUCUACGGGGCUCUUGUCCUGGGAUCCAGUGGCUGUAGCUGAUCACCUGCACUUGUCUUCGCCCGCGAAGCAGCAUUGGGACGAACUUCUGGCCGCGCACCACGCCACCCAUGUCCUAGAAAUGAUAGUCAAGCUGGGUGUUCAGUACGUCAAACACAACCAGGCCUUGGUCUGGAGCAUAGAAACGGCGCUGUGCGGGCUUGAAUGUGCCGUGUACCUCUCCAAAUGGCUCCGAGGGCUGCAGUCGCCUGGCUAUGGUGAAUCCUUGUCUGAGCCCGAAAAUCUCUUGAUCGAUUGGAUCCGAAAUGUUGUGACCGAAGGCAUGGCAUCCAUUCAGGGCAGUAGAACCGAUGCCUCUCGCACGGCGUUCGAUACUCUUGCAGAUCAGGUUGUGGAGGUCUGGUCUAAUGUAAUGCACGGGAACUCUCCCUGGGCUUUCAUUAGGAUGAUUGGGGAUGUGUUAGAUCAGUAUAGACAUAGCCGGUUAGGGUGAUUCUAGUGCUAGUGCUCAGAAUGUACUGUAC